AAGUCUAAUUUGGUGAAAGAGAGGGGGUGUCCCUCUAAUAUUGGCAUUCUCUAGGGGGGUGGCAUUGUAAAUUACCCUGAAAUUAAUUGCAGAGUUCACCAAUCACUAUAAAUAUAAGUACUCCAGUCGCGCCAUCUGCCUCUCCCUUCUUCCAUCGGUCUCAGAGACACCCAACGCGCAGGGAAAGAACGCCCCUUCCUCCACCAAACUACAUCACCCCUCACCCCCCCAGAACAGAGAAAAACCUAAUUGUUGGUCAGUCGCUGGGAGAAAUGGAGAUUGCAGCGGUGCCUGCGACCCCUCACGAUGGCCAGAGGGCUGAUUACGGCAGCGUAUCUGUCCAGAGCUCCGAAGGUCGAUCUUCUUCCCCUCUUAGUCCAGCCGACAACAACGGUAACAGCCGCAAUAACAAUAGCAACAUGGAUAGCAAGUAUGACGAAGAUGAGGAUGAAGAGGAUGUUUGCAGGAUUUGCCGGAACCCUGGCGAUGCCGAGAACCCUCUUCGAUAUCCCUGCGCUUGUAGCGGCAGUAUCAAAUUCGUACACCAGGAUUGUCUUCUCCAGUGGCUCAACCAUAGCAAUGCUCGCCAGUGUGAGGUCUGCAAGCAUCCAUUUUCAUUCUCCCCUGUUUAUGCUGAUAAUGCACCAUCAAGGCUUCCUUUCCAAGAGUUUGUGGUUGGGAUGGCAAUGAAAGCAUUCCAUGUUCUACAACUUUUCUUGCGUCUUGCUUUUGUGCUCUCUGUGUGGCUCCUCAUAAUACCUUUUAUUACAUUUUGGAUAUGGCGUUUGGCACUUGUGAGGAAUUUUGGUGAAGCUCACAGACUAUUCUUGAGUCAUUCAUCCAUCACAGUGAUCCUCACUGAUUGUCUACAUGGGUUUCUACCUUCUGCUAGCAUUAUUUUUAUUUUUCUUGGAGCCACGUCAUUGAGGGAUUACUUUAGACAUAUACGAGAGCUUGGAGGGCAGGAUGCUGACAGAGAAGAUGAAGGUGAAAGAAACGGAGCUCGUGGGGCAAGGAGGCCUCCUGGUCCAGCUAAUAGGGUUCAUGCAGGUGAUCGGAAUGGUGAAGAUGCUGGUGGUGCACAAGGAAUUGGUGGGGCUGGCCAAUUAAUUCGAAGAAAUGCAGAAAAUGUUGCUGCUCGGUUGGAAAUCCAGGCAGCACGUCUUGAGGCACAUGUUGAACAAAUGUUUGAUGGUUUGGAUGAUGCUGAUGGUGCAGAAGAUGUACCUUUUGAUGAGCUCGUUGGCAUGCAAGGGCCUGUUUUUCAUUUGGUUGAGAAUGCAUUUACAGUUCUGGCAAGCAAUAUGAUAUUCCUUGGUGUUGUAGUCUUUGUGCCAUUUUCAUUGGGUCGGAUUGUCCUCCACUAUGUAUCUUGGUUUUUCUCCUCAGUUGCAAGUCCAGUUUUGUCGACAGUCAUGCCUCUUACCGAGUGGGCUCUCUCCUUAACAAAUGUUACAUUGAAGAACGCAUUAGCUGCUGCUACUAAUUUUUCAGCUGAAAGUCAUAACGAUGGUCUGGUUAGUCAUGCUAUGGAAGCAGUAGUGUCCUCUUUAAAAGCCAACAUGACUGGAAUAGAUGAAGUCUCAAGCCGUAUUCGCAGACCACUUUCAUCAGAUAUAUUCGAAGGAACAGCUGUUGGAACCUCCCGCCUUUCUGAUGUUACUACACUUGCCAUUGGAUACAUGUUCAUAUUCUCUCUAGUACUGUUCUACCUUGGAGUGGUUGCUUUAAUUCGUUACACCAGGGGGGAACCUUUGACUAUGGGGAGGUUUUAUGGUAUUGCAUCAAUGGCUGAAGCAAUUCCUUCCCUUGUCAGGCAAUUCUUGGGGGCAAUGAGACAUUUAAUGACUAUGGUUAAGGUUGCGUUCCUUCUGGUGAUUGAACUUGGGGUUUUCCCUCUAAUGUGUGGUUGGUGGUUGGACGUUUGCACCAUAAGGAUGCUGGGGAAGACAAUUGCUCAAAGGGUUGAGUUCUUUUCAGUUUCUCCUUUAGCAAGCUCAUUAUUACAUUGGAUUAUUGGAAUUGUAUACAUGCUGCAAAUUAGCGUUUUUAUCAGCCUUCUUCGAGGGGUUUUACGCAAUGGAGUUCUUUAUUUCCUUCGGGAUCCAGCUGAUCCUAAUUACAAUCCAUUUCGUGAUCUCAUUGAUGACCCUGUCCACAAGCAUGCUCGUCGAGUUCUGUUGUCUGUUGCUGUUUACGGGAGCUUGAUUGUGAUGCUAGUAUUUUUACCUGUCAAACUUGCUAUGCGGUUGGCACCUUCAAUUUUUCCACUUGAUAUUUCGGUAUCAGAUCCAUUCACUGAAAUUCCUGCAGACAUGCUGCUGUUCCAAAUCUGCAUACCAUUUGCUAUUGAGCAUUUUAAACUGCGGGCUACUAUUAAGGAACUCCUCCAUCAAUGGUUUGCAGCUGUUGGAUGGGCACUUGGAUUAACUGGUUUCUUGUUGCCCAGGCCAGAGGAUAAUGGUGGGCAGGAAAAUGGGAAUUUGGAGCCAGGUAGGCAUCACAGAUUGCGUGAUGUACAAAUGGGUGGAGUUCUGCAGCAAGAUCGAGCACUAGUGGCACUUGUUGCUGCUGACGAUCUGAACAGAGGCAUCCAUGCGCCUGGGAACUCUUAUGCUCCUGAAGAGUAUGAUGGUGAUGAACAAACUGAUUCUGAGUAUGGUUUUGUCCUUCGCAUUGUUCUGUUGCUGGUGUUAGCAUGGAUGACGCUGCUUCUUUUCAAUUCAGCCUUGAUAGUUGUACCCAUUACACUUGGACGUGCACUAUUCAAUAUUGUUCCUCUUCUUCCCAUAACACAUGGAAUCAAGUGUAAUGAUCUUUACGCGUUCAUUAUUGGAAGUUAUGUCAUCUGGACCAUUAUAGCUGGAGCCAGGUAUACAAUUGAGCAUGUUAAAGCGCAGAGAGCAUGGGUUCUGUUGAACCACAUCUGCAAGUGGUGUGGAAUUGCACUGAAGAGUUCUGCACUUCUGUCACUAUGGAUCCUUGUCAUCCCAGUGUUGAUUGGUCUUCUCUUUGAGCUUUUGGUAAUCGUGCCAAUGCGUGUGCCUGUAGAUGAAAGCCCGGUUUUCCUUCUCUACCAAGAUUGGGCACUAGGACUUAUUUUUCUCAAGAUCUGGACUAGAUUGGUUAUGCUGGAUCACAUGACACCCUUGGUUGAUGAAAGCUGGCGAAUAAAGUUCGAGAGGGUAAGAGAGGAUGGUUUCUCCCAGCUGCGGGGCAUCUGGGUUUUGCGUGAGAUAGUUAUCCCAAUCAUGAUGAAGUUGCUAACAGCUCUCUGUGUACCUUACGUGUUAGCAAGAGGGGUGUUCCCUGUCCUUGGGUAUCCAUUGAUAGUUGACUCAGCUGUCUACAGGUUUGCAUGGGUAGGUUGCCUGAGCUUUAGUUUGCUGUGCUUCUGUGCUAAGAGAUUCCAUUUCUGGUUCACCAAUCUCCACAAUUCCAUUCGUGAUGACCGCUAUUUAAUUGGCCGUAGACUUCAUGACUUUGGGGAAGAUAGAACAGUGAAUGUCAAUGGGACUGAUUUUGUCCCUAGGACUCAAGAUACAGCUUUAUAUGAUGCUGGAAUAAUUGGACCUGAGCAAGAUGCUGUUGUAGGAAUGAGACCAAGGCACAAUCGCCAAGGCCAAAGGCAGGUUGCAUAGUGGUUUAAAUGGGUGAUUCGGAAGGUAGGGCCAAAUACAUGCAUUUCGACAAUAUUUGGAAGUCUGCUGCUGCCCUGUUUAUUCAGUCAUAGAGGUUCACAGUUUCUGUUGUGCAUAGAGAGAGGGGUCUCGUUGACUAGCUUCAGUUUUUCUGGACAACUCCCCAUGAUUAUUGGGUCAAAAUCCUCUGUUUUUCCCAUUCAUGUUUUUCCUUGUUUUGCUACCUGCAGAACGCGACACGUGGACAAUAAGGAGACCAACGGUCAAGAUUGGGUGGGGAUUAUUACAUCCGGUGCGUUGAUCUUAAAAUUAUCCAUUUGUCGCGUUCUGUAGGUAGCAAAACAAGGAAAAACAGGGAUGAGAAAAACAGAGGAUUAUUUUCUAUGAUUAUUAGGGGGAGACUGCUGGAGAAGGUUGUCUAUACAAAAGCAGGCCUAUGGGUACUGAUGGGUUGUAAUCAGUUCCAGUGGAAUGGCAGAUCUUCUCAGAUGACUGGUAGAAACAAUGAAUAGAGCAUGUUUGUUGAUUAAUAUGAUUCAAUAGUUGGAAAGUUUUUCUGAGGAAAGUUUGGACCAUUUACUUCCACUCCUUAUGCAUACUAUCUCCCAUGGAGUGAAGGAUGCUGACAUGUUCAUUUAUCUUUUCUGGGUUCAAAAUCGGAGAUCUUUAAUGGCUC